UGUUUUACAUAACAAAAAGCCUGAUUGCUUCGCUGAACAAAGACGAGUGAGAGAGAACCUUUUUCCCUUCUGGCUAGCUAGGGUUUUUGCAGAGAGAGAAUUCUUGCUGCGAUUCCACCACAAGCAGCAGCCAUGGCUAGCACUAAAGUUCAGCGUAUUAUGACCCAACCGAUUAACCUCAUCUUUAGGUAUCUUCAGAGCAAAGCGCGCAUUCAGAUUUGGCUGUUUGAGCAGAAGGAUCUGAGGAUCGAGGGUCGAAUCAUCGGAUUCGACGAGUACAUGAAUUUGGUGCUGGAUGAAGCUGAGGAGGUCAACAUCAAGAAGAACAGCAGGAAGCAGCUCGGUAGGAUUUUGUUGAAAGGGGAUAACAUCACCUUGAUGAUGAAUACUGCCAAAUGAUGCUCAUAUAAAGGUUGAAAGACUAACAAAGGGACUGGUUCUUGUAGUUCUUUCUGAAUGACAUUGUCUGCUUUCUUCUCUUUAGGAUGACCGUUUGCGUAGCUUGUUUUCCUUUCACCCCGGUAUCCACUGUGUUCGUGUACUGAGAUUUACUAGUAUUCGAAGUUGGAUAUCAUGUAAAGAAGAUGAUUUGCUUUAAUUUGGCUAUUGAAGAGUUGGAAGUAUUCAUUCACAUA